AUGAAAUUUUCAAUUAUUUUUUAUGUUACAAUGUUUGGUGGCGUUGGUUUAUCAGUUGGAUAUCCUCGUUCUGAUCCUAUUGUCUUCAAGUGGUACGAAGACUACGCUUCUACAGAAGCAUCACCUUCAAAUUCUCCUGAUAAAUUGACCACAACUACACCAAUAUGGAAAACAUUGGAUGCUCCUCGCAAGCCAUCUUUUUUUCGGCAGGUUUUCCGGAAUGGUCAUCGAGUGGUUUCCAUAUUGCUGUAA